UCGUUCAUUGUCCAGUCGUAUUCAGACCUUGACGCUUGGAAUAACUUUAUACGUAUUAAACCCUUCCUUAUUUUUAUCCACCAGGCGUCAGCAUGAAACUUAUCAUUUACAGUAUCGGGUUUUUGUUCUGUGUAUCUGCAGUGUUAGCAGAGGAAGAUACAAGAAACCAAUUCCUCAAUAAAAUUUGUGAUAAAUGUGAAGCUUGCAAGGAUAUAACAAUAACGGGAGUUGAUGCGGAUGGAGAUCCAGAUUUUGAUUGUGAAUCUAAGUGCUCAAAUUGUGAACAAGCAUUAUGUACAUCAACCCCUAAACCUAAAGAGUGCAGUUACUGUAGAAGAGGUGAAUCAGUUGUUGAAUGUACAGACAGGUGUCAACGUGGUUGUACUUUCUGUAAUAAAACUAAAGCUUGUAAAAACUAAAUUUUAAAUAUAAUUUAAAAGUUUUUA